GGGAUGCGGUGUUUCUGGCCCCGUGUCAGAGUCAGACGGGCGGGACCGGCUCCGGUAGCCCUGUCGCGCGGGUCUUCACCGCGGAGGGUCGGGCUGGGCGGCUGGCAGUGCCCCAUGCGCUGCGCCCCGGGGACGAGGGAUGGUCGGGAGUCGCAGCCCUCGGGCAAACCGGCGCUGUCCCCGGAGGAAGCCCCGCUGUCGACCACCGCCUCGUCCGGUGCUGUCUUCGCACGUGCGACCUCCUCGCCCGGGAGCGAGCGCCGCCUUCGCGCAGUGGAAUCCGGGGACGUUUCCUUCUUGGUGUUUUAAAUGACGGGUUCUUUAAAUUUAAUGACGGGUUCUUUAAAUUUAAUGACAGACCUCCGUGGCCCUCCCGGGCUCUGAACAUCCUAUUUUGAGAUGCAGAGUCAUUUACUGCAGUGUGAAACGUUAGGAAACGUUUGUCCUCUGAAUUGCAACAGCAUCGUGAUGGCUUCUUGGGAAGCGAACGAAGAGUUAAUAACACCAGGACCCGUGCCUGUGGAUGUUUCUGGGAAUGAUUGGUUUCACUCGGGCCCGUGGCUUAAAUUGGGUCACUCUCUACUAACGAUGUAAAUUAUGAAUGUGGCUGUGGCAUCUCUGUAUCCUUUGUUUUUGCUCUUGUUGAUGUUUCCCAAGUUUGAUGGAGCAAAACAGUUUUGAGGUUUUGACUAAUGUGUCAGGUGCCUCAGUUUCAAUCUGGGAAUUCUUUAAAUGAAACUUGUUUAAAAUCUUAGACCAUACCCAAAAGAGAGACCCCAGUCAACAGUAAGGUGGAAAAGAAUGAUGUUGUCCUUAAACAGUCUACAGAAUGUCGUCUGUAACCCGAUAAUCCCCUAUGUUGGGACCAUUUCUGAGCAGUUGGAGCCUGGAACUUUGAUUGUACUACGUGGGCAUGUUCCUAGUGACUCAGACAGGUUCCAGGUGGACUUACAGUGUGGCAGCAGCGUGAAACCUCGAGCAGACGUGGCCUUUCAUUUCAAUCCACGGUUCAGAAGGGCCAACUGCAUUGUUUGCAACACUCUGAAAAAUGAGAAGUGGGGCUGGGAAGAGAUCACCUAUGACAUGCCUUUCAAUAAAGAAAAAUCUUUUGAGAUCGUGAUCAUGGUGCUGAAAGACAAAUUCCAGGUGGCUGUCAAUGGAAAACAUACCCUGAUCUACGCCCACAGGAUCAGCCUAGAGAAGAUCGACACCCUGGGCAUUUAUGGCAAAGUUAUCAUUCACUCCGUGGGUUUCAGCUUCAGCUCGGAUUUAAGAAGUAGCCAAGCAUCUACUCUGGAAUGGACAAAGAUAAGUGAAGAAAAUGUACAAAAGUCUGGCAUGUCACAGUUUACUCUGCCAUUCAUAGCGAGGUUGAACUCCUCAAUGGGCCCUGGACGGACUGUCGUCAUAAAAGGAGAAGUAAAUACAAACGCCAAAGGCUUUGCUGUUGAUCUACUAUCAGGAAAAUCCAGGGAUAUUGCUCUCCACCUGAACCCACGCCUGAAUGUUAAAGCAUUUGUAAGAAAUUCUUUUCUUCAGGAGUCCUGGGGAGAAGAAGAGAGAAAUAUUACCUGUUUCCCUUUUAGUCCUGGGAUGUACUUUGAGAUGAUAAUUUAUUGUGAUGUUAGAGAAUUCAAGGUUGCAGUAAACGGUGUACACAGCCUGGAGUACAGACACAGAUUUAAAGACCUGAGUCAUAUCGACACGCUGGAAAUCGAUGGCGAUAUCCACUUACUGGAAGUAAGGAGCUGGUAGCUGACAGGUGUGCUACAAAAACUGAAAUACAGAUGACUUCUGUAACACUGGCCUUGUUAAAAUGCAUCUUACUCUCAUGAUAUGGUUUAUAUAUAUUGUUAAAAUGAGCUGUAAAUCCUA